ACCCAUAUCCACAAACACCAUAGAAAAAGCCCCAUCAUCUUUCUUUUAUCUUCUAUCUUCUUCUCUUGAAGAGUUUUUGCACCAACCAUGGCCUUUGUUUCUUGGGAAGAGCCUACUAAGUCUCCUUCCAUCCCUUGUAAAUUCUUCCUUUCUGCUUUGAAGGAUGCUUUUGGUCAGUGCCAUGUUUUCCCUAUUGGAAGGCAGUCCCCUUUGAGUUUGGAAGAUGAGAAUCCCACCAGUGAUAUCGAAGAUGAUCAAGCAGUGAUCAUCUUAGCUGUUCGAAGUGGAGCAAUGAAAGCAAAGCUUCGUCGUAAGGGUAGCCUGACGAUGGAAAGCCUGUGUUGGGUCUUAUCUCCGGCAACAGGAGAACUGUUCAUAGCUCCAAAGGGUGGAAAAGAUGAAGAUCACGAGGAAGAGGAUGAAGAUGAAGCCUUCUUCUCUGUGAAGAGUUGUUUUUCUCAUUCUUCAAGUGCGAGUGGAGUUGAGUGCAAGCAUGUUCGAAGCCGGUCAGUGUUGGAAGAGUUCUGUUACUUGGAAGGCUGGCCUUUUGGUCUCUAUCGGAAGAUGAUGAUGCUGCCGCCUUUGCCGCUCUCUCCAUCGGAGUCUUGGUCAUGGUAUCGAGGGAAUCAGACGCUUAUGAUGUCUUAGUACUAAAUUUUCAGUAAGAACGGGGAGAAGAGAUUAGAAGGCUUAUUAGCGAUCGAGUGUUUUUGGGAUUUUAUAAAAUAAAUAAAAUCAUGAUAAAGGAUGUAAGCCUUU